GGCGGUUUUGUGUCCCUUGACACCCUGGUUGACUCCUCACUGCACUGUGAAAACCAUUAGGAAAAAGUCCUUGGGGUUAAAACCUGGGGCUCCACAGUGUUACCUGCACUUGGGGCUAGAAAUUAAUUUAAAUGGCGACUGAUCUGUCUGAAGCUGAACCCGUGCAUCAUAAGGCGCUUCCACUCUUAACGGGAGCUCAGCUGAUCCACACGGACAAGUUAAGUGAGAAAGUCGAAGACGACACGAUGCCGAUCCGUCGCGCGGUGAACUCAUCUUCCCGGGAAACUCCUCCCAAAAGCAAACCUGCUGAAGGUGAAGAAGUCAAAGCAGAUGCAGAAGUCACUUCUGAGGAGUCUGCCUCUGUUGGAGAAGAGCAAGAGAAUGAAACCCUGCCUCCUGCAUCCAGUGAAGCAGAACAGCCAAAGGAACCUGAGAAUGAGGGGAAAGGGGAAACAAAGUCCUCAGAAGAAACCAAAAAGGAUGAGAAGGAUCAGUCUAAGGAAAAGGAGAAGAAGGUGAAAAAGACCAUUCCUGCAUGGGCUACCCUCUCUGCUAGCCAGCUAGCUAGAGCACAGAAGCAAACUCAGAUGGCUGCCACCUCACGUCCCAAAAUGGAUGCUAUUUUAACUGAGGCCAUCAGGGCAUGCUUUCAAAAGAGUGGUGCCUCAGUCGUUGCGAUACGUAAAUACAUCAUCCACAAAUACCCUUCCCUGGAGCUUGAGAGGAGAGGCUAUCUUCUAAAGCAAGCGUUGAAAAGGGAGCUGGAGAGAGGCAUCAUCAGACAGGUGAAGGGAAAGGGAGCUUCUGGCAGCUUUGUGGUGGUGUCUAAUGCAGGAAAAACUGUUCCAAAAGCCAGAGACAGAAAGAAAAGCCCCUCCGCUUCGACUGCAGAGCAACAAGUCAAGCUGGAAGAUGUCCUGCCACUGGCUUUCACCCGCCUUUGCGAGCCGAAGGAAGCUUCCUACAGCCUGAUCAAGAAAUACGUGUCUCAGUAUUACCCCAAACUCAAAGUAGAUAUAAGGCCUCAGCUGUUGAAGAACGCCCUGCAGAGAGCUGUAGAGAAGGGCCAGUUAGAGCAGAUCACAGGCAAGGGAGCGUCUGGGACAUUCCAGCUGAAGAAAUCAGGGGAGAAGCCCCUGCUGGGUGGGACUCUGAUGGAAGACGCCAUCCUGUCUGCUAUUGCGGCCAUGAACGAACCGAAGACCUGCUCCACCACAGCGCUGAAGAAGUAUAUCCUGGAAAACCACCCAGGGACCAACUCCAACUUCCAGGUGCAUCUACUGAAGAGAACGCUGCAGAAAUGUGAGAAGAAUGGCUGGAUGGAGCAAAUUUCUGGAAAGGGCUUCAGUGGAACCUUUCAGCUUUGCUUCCCUUAUUAUCCUAGCCCAGAUGUGCUCUACCCAGAGAAGCAGCAAGAUGAGGACUCUGAGGAAUCUGAUGAGGAAGAAGAGGAGGAAUCUGAGGAGGAAGAAGAAUCUGAAGAAGAAGAGUCUGAGGAGGAAGAGCCACCACCAAAGAAGAGGAUGCAGAAGAGACCGCCUCCGAAAUCACGGAGCAGGGCCCCUCCGAUGAAGCGAAGGGAAUCCAAGCCCAAGCCCAGAAAAACCCCCGCGGCCCACCGGGGGAAAGCAAAGCCCCCUCCCAAGGUUAAAACCCCUGCUAAAAAAGCCAAACCAGCAGCCCCAACCAUCAAGAAACCCUCCGGUGGCAGCUCUUCCAAGAAACCAGCAGCCAGCGGGAGGAAGGAGGUGAAACCCUCUGCCAAGGGCAAAUCCACCAUGAGGAAAUCUCUCCGGGCAAAAAAGUAAAAUUUUUCCACUGUCAGGGAAAAUCCCAUGGUCAAAUCCACCAUCUUGUUUUAUAAGUCAACGUGCAUUUGUAUUUUAGUUCUGAUGCUUAAACACUUCUUUAAUUUUUUUAUUUUUUUUUUUCUUGAAUGAUGGGGGAAAAAGCUGAAAACUAAAUCAAACCAACCCGAGCACUUGUUAGAUCUCAAUGCUGUGCCUCGUGCCUGCCCCUCCCCUGGAACAAGUCAUCUUUAGUUUCUGCAAUAAUUUUAGGACUUUUCUAGGACAUAUAUAAUCUGUACAUUUUACGGUGUUCCUCUUGGCUUUCGGGGGGGGAGGGUUGGCUUUUAAAAAUUCUUCAGAGAAGAUCUUUGUAUCUUUAGACAGCAGGAACGGGAUGAUUCGGG